AUGAGUUUCUCGCAAUCGGCGAAGUUGAUUCUUCCGGUCGCUCGCUGCCACAACUGCGGCGGCGGGGAGGACUUCUGUGGAGGAUGCCGAGACAUCAACAUCAUACGAGUGAGAAGGCGGUGGACCACAACCGCGAAGACCGAUGAAGAAGACAAGGACGUGUUCAAUAAGCUAUUUGCCUUGAGAUAUGGCCGGGAGUCCAUGAACUCAGCUCUUUAUCACAAAUACUUCGGCAACUUUUCCCUCGCUAUGAAAUGGCACCGCGAAUCCUUGGGCCAAUAUAUUGAUGCCAUUUGCGAGGGCAGGCUUGAGCAAUUAUCGCUUGCCUCGACCUUCAUUCCGACAGACGCAUUCUCUCAACUCUCUACGGCAGAACUUCUGGAUCGCUGUAAAGAGCUUACGCGUCACCUACAGAAACUGCACUCUGAGUUGGGUCGCCGUGAAUUGGAUGCAGAUGCUGGCGAUGACGAGGACUCCGUCUAUUCUGACGUUGAUAUGGAAGAAAUUGACUUCGAUUUGUUCGGUAGCCCUGAGCCCGUAAUUGGGCAGCUGCCGACUCCUCUUGGCUCUCAAAAAGAAGCCCCAACGAAAGGUCUGGAGAUCCGGUCAAAGAUUCUUAAGUACUGGUCCGCCGACGAGGACUCUAGAGCCUACAAGUUCGUGCGGAAGCCGCUUCAUACCCCCAGAUUUCUUGCAAUCCUUCUGGAUCUUGCCAGGCACUAUUCAUGGGAACAAACCACUAGGAUGGUCAACUAUAUGGUCAUUGAGCGGGUUCGACACUUCCGCAGUGUGGACGAUAAGGAUCGGUACCCGAAACUAGACGACUGGAAGCAUGUCCUUGAUAUAUGCUCCAAGCUCGGCUUUCCUGUGAUUAAACCAGAAGAGAUACCAGCUGAUGUUCUACUGGCGAUCAACUUUCGUAUGACUAACCAGGGCCUCGUCAAGGAAGGGAACUCGUUCAGUCCCUAUGCCGACAAACUUGGCAUUUGCCUCCAACGGGGCGCGACUUGUAUGCGUUCGUCGACUGGGCCUCACAUCUUUCGUGUGCAGUACAUCACCAGGUGCUCACCGCAAGACGUCACGUAG